GAUUGGAGUGAGCUGCAUGCACACGUAUAUGCACUGCAUUGGUGGCGCUGGCAGUUUCUCAGUGGUUGUGGGGGAAACGGAUAGAGGAGUUAACGUAUUAUUUACAUGGAUUUGGUCUUUUCUUCAUGUUUUAAUAAUCAAGAUUCCUUCCAGCCCUGCUACAGUUCUUCCUGUUGUCUUUCAUUUGACACAUUCUGUGUAUAUAGCAAGUAACCAUGGCAACUGAACUAAGGCUUGAAGAUAUCCUCUCUGGUCCUUACACCUGGAAAUCAAUGCGGCCUUGUGACCUCUCCAAUUGCACCAAAGAGGAUAUCUUAGCUUAUUUUGAGAAUAGUUACAGUUUGAAUGAGAGCAUCUUUGCUGCUUUGAGAACAAAAGAUGCUUUCUACAGAGCACCAGAUAGACUUCGCCUUCCACUCAUCUUCUACUUUGCCCAUACUGCCACAGUGUACAUCAACAAGCUUAUGUUAGCUGGACUUAUUGAGGAAAGAGUAAACUUUGAAUAUGAGACCAUGUUUGAGACGGGCGUUGAUGAGAUGUCUUGGGAUGACACUGUAAGUAUGCAACUAAACUUUUGAGAAAAAGGAUCUAAUAAAAGCAUCCUUUCAGAUUUUUAUUUUAAAGAUUAUUUCUUUUAUUAAUGCUUCAAAAUUGGUAUAAUAAUAAUAUAUCCAUUUAUAUAGCACAGUACAUAUAUAUACUCAACUGCGCUUUGAUACUUGGUAUCAUAUUAUUACCCUGGCCAUAGCUGAGCCACCGUAUUUGCGCUAAAUUGUCAAGGAAUAAAUCCUAUUGGGUAGCCAUUCACCUCACCUGGGUUGAGUAAAUUUCUUGCUGAAGGAAAACAUGCCAUGGCUGCGAUUCGAACCCAUGUCCCUCUUAGUGAAAGACGGGAGUCGUAACCACUAGACAACUUAAUAUUGGACUGAAAAGUUGGAGUUUAUAAUGAUAUAAAUAGAUAAAUUAUAUAAAGUAUCAUACAAUAUCCAUGGAAGUAUUUUACAAGUAGAAAAUCUUAGCUUAUUUUGGGAAACUAGUUGGCCUUCAUAUUGAAUGCAGAUGAUUCCAUUCUUCUGUUACAAUUAGUUUUAUUUGUGAUCAGAAUGUAUGCUAUGCAUUUAUAAGGAAAGGCAACUUAAAUAAUGUUCACAUUUUUACUGUUGACACAUAAACUGGUUUAAUGUGUUACACUUUACCACAUAGUCAUGCAUCUGCAAGGCUGCAAGGCUCUUAUAGUUCACAAAAAGAAAUUGAACAUGUAAAGGCUUGGUCCCACUGCACUUUCGGAUGCAGAGAGAAUGUAAAACGGAAAAGAAUCUUGCCAUUCAUUGGGAAACAUUAUGUAUCCGUUGUGUACUCUUUGCAUACGUGUUUCAUACGCUCUAUAUCCGUCGAGCAUCCGUCCACUGUGAUUUCAUCGUUCGCUCAUUUUGUCCAUUGUCUGGAGCAAAUGAAAAUGGAUGGAGCCACCCCGAAAUUUUGCUUGUCCAUUGUUAACACAUAAUCUUUUUAACAGAUAAACACAUAUCUUUUAAGAAGCACAUGUAUUAGCCCAAAAGAAAACAAUAAUUCUUCUACACUAAUAGACUUACUAUUUCUAUGGUAUUAUUUUGCGUCUCUAAGAACUGCUUAUUAUUGUCACUUAUAGAGACUUAUAUAGGGAUCCAAAUGUCGUCUGUCGUCCGUCCGUCACAAACCUAAUGACACAUAACUCCACAACUGUAAGUCGCUUUUCAACCAAACUUGGAUGGUAGAUGGACUUGGGGGACCUGCAUGUUAUGCUGCAGUUGGAGGUCACAUGGUAAGGUCAAAGGUCUUUUUCAGGUCAACGUCAAAGUUUACAUGCAGGUCAACGUUAAAGUUUACAUGCGAGACUCUUAUGACACCUAACUCCGCAACCUUAAGUCACUUUUCAACCAAACUAGGAUGGUAGAUGGACUUGAGGGACCUACAUGUUAUGCUGCAGUCGGAGGUCACAUGGUAAGGUCAAAGGUCAUUUUCAGGUCAACGUUAAAGUUUACAUGCAAAACUCUCUUAUGACACCUAGCUCCGCAACUUUUAGUCAAUUUUCAACCAAACUUAGAUGGUAGAUGGACUUGGGGGACCUGCAUGUGAUGCUGCAGUCAGAGGUCACAUGGUAAGGUCAAAGGUCAUUUUCAGGUCAACAUUAAAGUUUACGUGCAAGGCUCUUAUGACAAGUGUUAUUCCAUCCCAGUCAUUUCACAAUGAAGUUUCGAUACAAUUCUGUUGCGUGCCCUCGCAAAUCACGAUAUUUCUGGUUAUUUUCAUAAGUGGGCGAGACACAAAAUGUAUUUUCCCUGGUUUCUUCUGAGACAGUGAUUACACCUAUAAAGUAAAGUUUUGGAUAUAAUGUAUAAAAGAGGCUCCCAAUUCUCCAGUUGCUGUAUAGCAAAAUAAAAUAGACCAUAUUUCCUCAUGAAUUUGCAAGUGUUCAGUUUUUAUUUGAGUUCUCUAUUUAUUCCCAUAUAUGGUCGCAUGCCAUAAGGUGCUCCAAUUUCGCGAACAUGGUAAAAAUAGUCAAAAAAAAUAUUUUUUGUUACAUGAUAUAGGUAUUACGAAUUUACAAUUCUUCAAAUAAUGAAUACCUUAACCUACAUGUAGGCUCAUAUAAUUUGGUGUGUAUGAUACUAGCAUGAAUCCCAGGAAGCCUAUUGAUUUGAGGUCAAAAGGUCAAAGGUGGAGGUCACAGUGACAUAAUUUCAUCUUACCCUUCUGAAGUCCUUGUAAAUGUGAUAACUAAUUUGUUUAACUUAACCUAGGCUCACAUAUUUUGGUGUGUAUGAUACUAGCAUGGAUGCCAGAAAGCCUAUUGAUUUUAUUGAUUUGAGGUCAAAAGGUCAAAGCUUAAGGUCACAGUGACAUGCUUUCAUCUUACCCUUCUGAAGUCCUUUUACGCGAUAACUUAAAGUUUAACUUAACCUAGGCUCUUAUAAUUUGGUGUAUAUGGAUCCCAGGAAUUCUAUUGAAUUUGAGGUCAAAAGUUUAAAGGUCAAGUUGCCACCUUCCACUUUUCUUGCUUGACCAAUUACUCACUUCUCACUAUGUGCUAGCCCCAGCGACACUUUAGUGAGCAGUUCUUCUAAUGAUCACAAGACAACCGUUGCAGUCUAUGCAUCUAUGUUUGAUAUAUUUAGGAUCUAGCAUCAAUCCAAGGGUGUAGGCUAGAAGGGGGUGCACUAGGUGCACAUCCACCCUCCUGCUGAGGCAGAGGAGUUCUGGUACUGGCCCGCGCCCAAAUACACGCUGGGCGAAAAGUUCCAGUAAAUUGCUUUCACAUUGCCAAAAUACCUGCGACCUUGGAAAAAUCCCCGCGAAAGUUCUCGUAAUUUUGACAAGUAAGGGGGUAUUUUCUUUUGGGGAGAUUAUGCGUAAUUUGCUUUCACAUUGCCAAUAUUACCUGGUAUUUUCUGAUUGGGUAAAUUUCCCGAUCAGAAAAUACCUGGAACUGACGAACUUUGAGGCAGUCUGAAACCACCAAGUAAUAUGGUAUUGCCCAUGUACAAACAUCUAUAUAUUUUAAUGUUUUAAGAAUAAUAGAAAAAUUAACAGGGUUUUAUCAUGCAUUCUGCACCAAAUAUGUAAUUCAGGUGCCAAUGUUGACAAAAGAGCCUCCGGCCACUUGAAAGCCUUAAAAAUUGAUCCAUUCACAAAGUUAAAAAGCUUGAUGAUAUUUUGAUACUUGAUAUUAUUUAACAGUAUUUUUGUUAUGGAAAUAGUCAUGUUGAAUGGGAAAUAUUUUUG